CCUCUUCCCUUUGCGCGCGCGCGGUUGCCUGCAGACCCGGAAGCGGGUUUCGUGGAGCGGUGGCCAGUCUGUGGAGUGAUUGAAUUCCCAAGCCUGAUCCUGCCUGAGGAAGAAUCCUGGAAAGGGAGGAAGAGCAAAGGAAAGGAGUCGGGAAUGGCCGUCUGUCAGGGAUGGUUGACCUUCAGGGAUGUGGCCAUAGAGUUCUCUCAGGAGGAGUGGGAGUGCCUGGACCCCGCUCAGAGGGCCUUGUACAGGGACGUGAUGCUGGAGAACUACAGGAACCUGGUCUCCUUGGCUCUCUCUCCCAAAUGUGUGAUCAAGGAACUACCACCAAAAGAAAACAGUAAUACAGGGGAAGUAUUGCAGACAGUUAUAUUGGAAAGACAUGAAAGCCGUUGCGCCGAAGAUUGUGGCUUCAGAGAUAUCCAGAAAAGUUUUCACGACUCUGAGUGUCAGCGGAGGGACGGGGAAAGAAAUUACGAAGGUGUGCUCGUGACCCUUAACAAAAACCUGACUGGUAGAAGAGACGCAGGAAAUGAGCCGAUUGAAAACAGGUCUGGACUAAGCUUUCAGUCACGUCUGGCUGGCGUGCAGAUACUUCAGACUGAAGGGAAAAUCUACGAAUGUCACCAAGUGGCGAGGUCUGUCCACGAUAGUGCCUCAGUUUCACUGCUUCACACAAUUCUUCCAAGAGUCCCGACCAACAUCUCUAAUGAACGUGGGAAUGAUCCUUUGCGUUCUUCAUUACUCACACAAGACCAGAAAGCACGCAUCAGGGAAGAACCUUACACACGUGAGGAGUGUGACAAAGCAGUGAAUCCCGGUCUACACCCCACUAGACGCCAGGUAAUCCAGACAGGAGAGAAACCGUAUAAGUGUGACAUAUGUGGGAAGGUCUUCAGUCGCAACUCGCACCUCGUACGUCAUCACAGAAUUCACACCGGAGAGAAACCUUACCACUGCAAUGAGUGUGGCAGGGCCUUCAGUGAGUGUUCAGGUCUUACGAGCCAUCAGGUGAUCCAUACGGGAGAGAAGCCUUACAAGUGUAAUGAGUGUGGCAAGGUCUUCAGUCAGAGCUCAGGCCUGGUGAGUCACCGAAGAAUUCACACGGGAGAGAAGCCGUACAAGUGCAACGAAUGUGGCAAAGCCUUUACCUACGGCUCACAGCUCACUAACCACCAGGUAAUCCAUACCGGUGUGAAACCCUACAAGUGUAACGAGUGUGGCAAAGCCUUUAAUCAGAGCUCACAUCUCACUAGACAUCAAAUAAUCCACACGGGAGAGAAACAUUACAAGUGUGACGAAUGCGGGAAGGUCUUCAGCUAUGAUUCACACCUCGCGCGUCAUCGCAGGACUCAUUCUGGAGAGAAGCCUUACCAGUGCCAUGAGUGUGGCAGAGCCUUUACCAUGCUGUCGAGCCUUACUUACCAUCAGGUGAUCCAUACUAGAGAGAAACCUUACAAAUGUAACGAAUGCGGCAAGGUCUUCAGCCAGAGUUCGAGCCUGCCUAGUCAUCGGAGAAUUCAUACUGGAGAGAAACCGUACCAGUGUGAUCAGUGUGGCAGAUCGUUCAUUCAACGCUCCAACCUCACUAGACACCAGAUGAUCCAUACUGGAGAGAAGCCUUAUAAAUGUAGUCAUUGUGGCAAGGUCUUCACUCAGAAUUCAAGCCUUGCAAGCCAUCAGAGAAUUCAUACCGGGGAGUAAUCUGGCGAACGUAGGGAGUGUGACAACGCAUUUGAUUUGAAGUUCAAGCAUGAGUCGGCAUCAGAGAGCCCACACUAAAGAGAAAUCACAUAAAUGCAACGUGUGCGGCAGAGGACUUACACAGGCUUCGCAACUCACCAGACAUCGGGAUCUACAUCUCUGAUAAAACCACAUUAACGUAAUGUGCAUGCUAAGGCUUCUACCCAUGGAUCAAAACUACAGAACAUCACAGGGCCCACACCGGAGAGCAGCCUUACAAAUGUAAUGAAUCUGAGAGGGCUUUUUGUCAAACAUCCUGCCUUCGAUGUCUUUGAUGACAGAGCGUGAGCGGGGGAGGGGCAGAGAGAAAGGGAGACACGGAAUCCGAAGCAGGCUCCAGGCACUGAGCUGUCAGCACAGAGCCCGACACGGGGCUCGAACCCACGGACCGCGAGACCGUGACCUGAGCCGAAGUCGGACGCUCAGUCGACUGAGCCACCCAGGUGCCCCCAGAGAGUUUCUAUGAGGAAUAAAAUAAUGAAAUCUCAAGUUCUCUAAAGUGAGAUACCGAAAUAGUACACACCACAGGAUAAAUUGGUUUUUUUCAAAUACUCAAAGCAUACCACAGAAUAAAGUCAAAAUGUGUUAAAACUCCAGAUGGGAAGAUAGAUAACACAGAGAUAGAGAAAAGGUAUAUGGAUCCUGAGGAUAAUGUUCUAUGGAAUCUUUUCUGGUUUAAAGUAUUAUUGUUUUACAUUUCACAUUUAAAGCUAUGAUCAUUUUUGAGCUAAUAUUAGUACAGGUAUGAAGUUUUUGUGGAGUUUUUUUGUUUUUUUUUUUAAAAUUCUCUUAGUUUCCUUGGUACCUCUGUCCGAGCUCAAUUGGAAGUACUUGUAUGGGGCCAUUUCUGGGUUCUCUGUUCUUUUCCGUUGAUUUAUUUGUGUCUCACUCCAUGAAUACAACGUAGUUUUGAUUACUUUUUACUAUAUUAGAAAUCUUGCAUGAAUGAUUCUGACCACUUUAUUCUUUUUCAGAUGCUCUGGCUAUUCUAGUUCCUUUGCCUUUCUUUAUAAAUUUUAGAAUAAUCUUGUUUGUAUUGUAGAAAAUACCUUGAUAGAAAUUACAUUAACCUGUCUAUCAAUUUGUAAUCAUUUGACAUCAUUUCUAUGUUGUAUCUUCCAGUAAAUGGCUGUGGUAGGUCUCUAUUUGUGUAAACUUUUAUAGAUUUUAGCAUCAAAAUCCUGUUAAUGUUUUUGUUAGAUUAACGUAUGUUUGUACUUUUUCCUUUUUGAGCAAUUGUACAUAUAAUUGUAUUUUUAAUUUCAGUUUCCAUGUGUUAACUGCUACUGCAUUGAAGUAAUAUAGAUUUUUUUAAUGUCGAUCUUGAAUAUCUAGAAUUUACUAAUCUUACAGGGCGCCUGGCUGGCUCAGUUAAAGAGCAUGCAACUCUUGAUCUCCAGGGCAUGAGUUUGAGCCCCACUUUGGGUGUAGAAAUUACUAAAAAAGUAAAUAAAUAAACUUAAAAAAAAAAAGAAUUUACUAAUCUCACUUUAGAGAUUUGUAGCUUCUCUGGGCUUUUUUCUUUUUUUUUUUUUUUUUUAAAUGUUUGUUCAUUUUUGAGACAAAGACAGAGCAUGACCAGGGGAGGGGCAGAGAGAGAGGGAGACACAGAAUCUGAAGCAGGCUUCAGGGUCUGAGCUGUCAGCACAGAGCCUGAUGUGGGACUCGAACUCACAAACCGCCAGAUCAUGACCUGAGCCCAAGUCAGACGCCUAACCAACUGAGCCACCCAGGAGUCCCUCUUUGGGCUUUUCUGUGUACACCAUUUCGCUAGCUUCCUAAUGUGGCUGUAAAAAGUUACCCCAAACUAAGUGAGUUAAAACAAUAAAAUUUAUUCUCUUUUA